AUGAGGUUUGCAUACUUACUAUUGGCUCUUAUUGUUUUACAAUAUUCUUAUUGUAAUAUUGUAAAAAUACCUAUUAAAAAGAAAAUUAUUGUUGAUAACGAAAACUAAGCUAUAGAUCCUUUAGUUAAUUUUAACAACUUUAUGUAUGCAGGAGAAAUAGAAGUUGGAAAAAAUAAGCAAAAGUUUUCUGUAGAUUUCGACUCAGGAUCAAAUUUGCUUUGGUUAACAAGCAAAAAUUGUCCCACUUGCAGGUAAGCAGGAUACAACAACUAUUACGAUUGUAAUACUAGUGAUGAAUGUGAAAUAACUAACAAUUAUACAUAAGUAGCUUAUGGAGAUGGAUCUUCAGUAGGAGGUUUUAUUGCUAAUGUUCCUGUAGGCAUAGAUGGAUUAGGUCAAGUUAUUAAUUCUCUCUUACUUGUUUAAGAAACAAAAAAUAGUGAUAAUUUAAAGUCUGAUGGUUUGAUGGGUUUAGGAAUUUAUGAUUCAUCAAAUAAAGAUAAUGUUUCAUUUGUAAGCAAGCUAUAUUAAUAGGGCCUUAUAGAUAAGGAGGAGUUUAGCUUUUAUCUAGAUUUUGAUUAAAAUGGGUCUGAACUAGUUUUUGGAGGUUUUGAUGAAACUAAGGUUGCUGACCCUUCAUAAGUUUUUUAUCACCCAGUUUUAUUAAACGGAUAACAAAAUUCCAGUUAGAGAUGGGUAUUUUCUCUAAAGUCUGUAUCAAUCGGAGAAGAUAACAUGGAGUUAUAGAAAGAAGCCAAUUUUGCAAUUGUUGACUCUGGUACAUCAUUGAUUGCAAUAAGAAACGACUACUUUAGUGAUUUUAUAGGUAUUUUAAGAUAAAAUUUCGAGAUAUCUACAAUUUAUGCUGGUACUAGAUUUUAUAGAGUGUAAUGUGGUACAAAAUUACCUGAUCUUACCUUUACAAUUACCGAUAGCUAAGGAGUCGAUAGAAACUAUUCUAUACCUUCUGAAUUUUAUGUAAUUAAUGUUAGUGGAAUUUGCGUAAUAGGAGUUUAACCUCUCAUGGAAAUGGAUAUUUAAUUCAUUUUAGGAGAUGUUUUCAUGAGGAGAUUUGUUUCAAUUUUCUCUUACUAAGACAAAACUGUUGGGUUGGCUUAGUCUGUUUCCACACCUCCAAAUUCUAAUUAGUAUAUAAAAGAGUAAAAUAAUCUUAUUAUAAGAUUAACUUUAAUCUCUGCUGCAAUAAUCAUUGUAUUUGGAUUAUUAUAUAAAUUUAAAAAUAGUUUUUGA